GCGCGCGCCGCAAGUCCCCGCGCGGCUUCCGUCCUGGUUAAGAUGGCGGCGCCCGGGGUCCUGUGGAGGGGCUGUAGAGGGUGCUGCCGCCCUAGGCGAGGUCGGGCCGCCCCGCGCGGAAGAACCGCCCACAGCAGCACCGCCACCACUGCUUAGCACGGAGUCCCAGGCCACGCCCGGGACAGCAGCCGCAGCAUGGAUCGUUCCAGUUCAUCCAACUCUUGUUUCUCCGUUGGCUCCACCAGUCCCGGGGCUGUCGUGCUCGUCUACUCGAAAGAGCUCAAAAAGUGGGAUGAGUUUGAAGAUGUUUUAGAAGAGAGGAGGCAUGUCAGUGACUUGAAGUUUGCAAUGAAAUGCUACACACCUCUUGUCUAUAAGGGAAUUACUCCUUGUAAGCCAAGUGAUAUUAAAUGUAGUGUUCUCAAUUCUGAAGAGAUUCAUUAUGUCAUUAAACAGCUUUCCAAGGAAUCCCUUCAACCUGUCGAGGUCCUCCGAGAGGAAGCCUGUGAGAUCCUGGAUGAAAUGAGCCACAAGCUGCGUCUAGGAGCCAUUCGGUUUUUCGCCUUUGCCCUGAGUAAAAUAUUUAAACAGAUUUUCUCAAAAGUGCGUGUAAAUGAAGAAGGGAUUCAGAAACUCCAGCGAGCCAUCCAGGAGCAUCCAGUUGUCCUGCUGCCCAGCCACCGGAGCUACAUCGACUUUCUGAUGCUGUCUUUCCUUUUGUACAACUAUGACUUACCUGUGCCGGUCAUAGCGGCAGGAAUGGACUUCCUGGGAAUGAAGAUGAUCGGUGAGCUGCUGCGGAUGUCAGGGGCUUUCUUCAUGCGGCGUACCUUUGGCGGCAACAAGCUCUACUGGGCCGUGUUCUCCGAAUAUGUGAAAACCAUGUUACGGAAUGGUUAUGCUCCUGUUGAAUUUUUCCUCGAAGGGACAAGAAGCCGCUCUGCCAAGACAUUGACUCCAAAAUUUGGUCUUCUGAAUAUUGUCAUGGAACCAUUUUUUAAAAGAGAAGUUUUUGAUACCUACCUUGUUCCAAUCAGCAUCAGUUACGAUAGGAUAUUGGAAGAAACUCUGUAUGCAUAUGAGCUUCUAGGGGUUCCUAAGCCGAAAGAGUCUACAACUGGAUUGUUGAAAGCCAGGAGAAUCCUCUCUGAGAAGUUUGGAAACAUUCAUGUGUACUUUGGAGACCCUGUGUCGCUUCGAUCUCUGGCCGCUGGGAGGAUGGGUCGGAGCCCGUAUAACUUGGUUCCCAGAUAUAUUCCUCUGAAACAGUCGGAGGAGAUGCACACCUUUGUCACUGAAGUUGCCUACAGAAUGGAGCUUCUCCAAAUUCAAAACCUGGUCCUGAGCCCGUGGCCACUAAUAGUCGCUGUCCUGCUUCAGAACCGGCCAUCCAUGGACUUUGAUGCCCUGUUGGAAAAAACUUUAUGGCUGAAAGGCUUAACCCAGGCCUUUGGGGGGUUUCUUACUUGGCCUGAUAAUGAACCUCCCGAAGAAGUUAUCCAGUCCAGCAUUCUUCUGCAUUCCAACAUUGUCAGCCUUGUCAAAGACCGGGUGAUUCUGAAAGUGGAGUGUGGAGACUCAGAACUGGUGGAUGGACUCAUUUUCCAGCAUAUCACCCUCCUCAUGUGCUUGGCAUACAGGAACCAGCUGCUCAACAUUUUUGUCCGUCCUUCCUUAGUCGCUGUGGCAUUGCAGAUGACCCCUGGGUUCAGGAAAGAGGAUGUCUACAGUUGCUUUCGCUUCCUAUGCAGUGUUUUUUCCGAUGAGUUCAUCUUUCUUCCAGGAAACACACUAAAGGACUUUGAAGAAGGCUGUUACUUGCUUUGUAAAAGUGAGGCCAUACAAGUGAUGACAAGGGACAUCCUGGUUACAGAAAAAGGAAACACUGUGUUAGAGUUUUUAAUAGGACUCUUUAAACCCUUUGUGGAAUCUUAUCAGAUAAUUUGCAAAUACCUCUUGAAUGAAGAAGAAGACUACUUCACUGAGAAACAGUACUUCAUAAGAGUUAGAAAAUUCAUAAGUCAGCUUCUCGAUCAAGGGGCCUCACAGUGUUACGAUGUGUUGUCCUCCGACGUACAGAAAAAUGCCUUAGCAGCUUUUGUGAGGCUCGGUGUGGUGGAGAAGAAGAAGGUAAAUAAUGAUUAUAUAUUUAACGUAAAUGAACCUGCCACAACAAAGUUAGAGGAAAUGCUUGGUUGUAAAACACCGGUAGGAAAACCAGCAGCUGCGAAGCUUUAAUGAUUGCCAAAUGGUUACGGAAAAAUUGGUCAUGUAAUUUCUGUCAUUCACGGACUAGUAUUACAACAAAGCGGGAAGUAAAGGAAGAAACCCGUCUUCUCACCCUUUAUAAGGCUUCGAGAACAGUGGACUCGGUACAGAGGGAAAGCCAUCAAUUUAAGCAGUCAGUAAAAUCUCCUCCACAAUGGUUAAAAAGACAUUUGUGUCCAACCCUGUGUGUGUUUUAAAAUAAAACAGGCUUUUGGAAACAUGUUUGGAAAUACAAAGCCUAGCUCCUAUUUCACUAACACUUUCAACUUAUUACAUGUAUUUAACUGUUAUGUUGACUUCUGAAUUAAAAUGCAGCAUCAACUCUA